AACAUAACAGGCAAUCACAAAGAUAUCAGAAAAAGUUCAAACAAAGUUUGUUUCGUUCAAUUCAGAUUUGUUGACGAAGUUCUGUUAAAUCUGAUUGAGUUCGCUUCAUGUGAUUACCAAAUGUGUUAGUGCUGUGUUAUUCCAUCGACUGUCUCGGCAGUGUAAUGGAUAGUACGGAGCUUUGUCGUUUGUGUGCAACUGAAAAGGACACUUUUGUCGAUGGAUUUGUUAGGAUUUACAGUGACGAAGGUCAGAAGUUUGGUUUAGAGAAGAAAAUUAUACGUUGCCUUCAAAUCGAGCUAUGUUCAGGUGACGCCUUGCCGAAAUCUGUUUGUCUUGAGUGCUGUAGCAAGUUGCAUCAAUGUGCUGAUUUCGUUGAGAGCAGUGCAAGAGCUCAAAAUCGUCUCAAACUAUUGGUAGAGCACACUGCCAAGCUCAAUGAAUCAUCUGCAGUUAAGGAAGAAGAGAAAAAUGUUAAAGAUAUCAAAACCGAUGUUCCUGACAAAAGUAAAGUGCUGACCGAUGUAAGAGAUGAUUCAAAACUCGAACAGGAGAAGCCAUCAGAGCAGGAGGAACAGCAGCAGCAACAACAGCAACAGACUGCCGAACAAAAAGACAUCCAUCCAUCUAAGUUUCUAGAAUGUGUUGUUAGGGAAGACAACUCAAAGUCUGAACCAUCUCCCAAAGAACAAGAUAUUGUACCUGAAGCUCCACGCUCCCGUGCUUCUAAAAGGAAAUGCAGACUACCCGUUAGAGUAAGCAGAGUUUGUUUGGAAGAUGAUGUCGACCUAGAAAAUGUGGAUCUUGAUGCAGCUGAAAUUUCAAGAAUAUUUGCUGAUGAUGAUUCAGAUGAUGAGACGAGACGAAAACGAAAAAGUAGAAAGAAACGCUCAUCCGUCAAAGCUAAAGCAAAAGCAAAACCCAAGCCGAAAUCUAAAAAGUGUUCUGAAAAAUAUGCCAAAACUGAUUUGCCUAGUGAUAUAAAUGUGUCUGAUAAAAAUGGAAAGGAUGACCAAUUGCACACUAGUGAUAAUGGAUCAAAAAAUUCAGAUAGUGACUAUGUUGAUGAUACUGGAUUUGGUGACCAUGAUGAUGAUGAUGACGACGAUGAAAUUGAUGUCUCCAGUAAUGAGAAACCUAAGUUUAAAGGAAAGUCCAAACAUAAGAAAAAAGAGAUAGAUGUUGACCUUGGUGAUUAUUUGUGGACGUGUUCUGAUUGCUCACAGGAAUUCAGUAGUAUUGAUGAAUUACGUAAACAUCAUUCUGAAAUUCACAAGCAAGUUCCUAGAUAUAUGUGUAAUGUCUGCUCUAAAGUUGUUGCACAGUAUUCAGGGUUUCUAUCUCAUUACCGUCGCCAUCUGGAGAAUGAUCGUUAUUGUACGUGUGAAAUAUGUGGAAAAUGUUUCUCCAGUAAGAAAGGACUGGAUUCUCAUCGCACAAUUCAUUCUGACAAGAAGCCCCAUGUAUGCUCUGUUUGUAAUAAAGCAUUUAGGCAGCAGAGUGCUUUAUAUGUUCAUUCUCGCUGCCAUUUGCCUGAUGAACUUAAAAAUAAGUAUGCUUGUGAUGAGUGUGACAAAAGAUUUUCAACUAAACCGAACCUGGUUACUCACAAACGUAUUCACACUGGUAUUCGUAAUUAUACUUGUGACCAAUGUGGGAAAUCAUUUGUACAGAAAGGAAAUCUGGAUGCUCAUCUUCUCACUCAUAGUACUGUAAAACCUUUCUCGUGCCAAUUGUGUGACAAGAGUUUUAAGACUGAAUUACAACUUAGAAAGCAUGGAAGUAUUCACACCGGUGUGAAACCUCAUCAGUGUGAUGUUUGUGGACGACAGUUUAGAGAAAGAGGAACUCUAAGAGAACAUCAUCGUAUUCAUACUGGUGCUAUGCCUUUUACAUGCGAAUUUUGUGGAAAAACUUUCAGAUUCAAAGGCGUUUUGACGACUCAUAGACGUCAACAUACUGGAGAGAGACCCUAUUCAUGUGUGGAAUGUCAACAUCACUUCACAAAUUGGCCUAACUACAAUAAACACAUGAAAAGAAGACAUGGAGUUAAUACAAGUCGACAGAACAGACCAACUAUUGUGGAACAAGAACAGCCAUCAACUGAAAUUGUCUCCAAUUCUAUGUCUGUUCAGUCAUCUUGCCUAUCUCCAGAUUCUCUUGAACAUCCACCACCUCAACCUGAGAUUCCUCUCACACCAAGUUCUGAGCCCCAAAUGCAACAUCAACCAACAGCUUUGAUUCAUAAAGCUGCCACUGUUGAUCAUCAGCCACACCAUAUCUACCUUCAUGAAAAUACCAUGAGUCAGCAUUCUCUCCACUCUCAAGAGGAUGACUCAAUGUCAUCUCAUCAUGAGAUAUAUUCAGCUCCACCUGUCCAUUCACCUCAUUCCACUCACCAUCCGCUAAGCCAUGCUAUACAUUUGGGACACCCAAGUGUACCAGUUCAUGCGCAUAUUGGUCUUGAUGAUGACAGGGAAUCUAAAUAUGCUACUGAGAGAGAGAUCCUUCUUGGUCAAAUGUCACGGGAACGAGAAAGGACACAUUUUUAUAACCCAGCUCCAGGAUCAUCCGUGAACACUAACCCUUAUCUGCAUCAGUCCUUGCAUCAGUCUUUACAUCAUUCCCUUCAACAAACACAAAUACCAAUACCAGGGUUGUAUGGGAUUCCUCAGCUUUCUUUGGAUCCAUCUCAUUUAGAGAUUCUUCACUCGUCUGCAUCUCAACACCGGUGAUGUUCAAAAGCCUUUUUUGGUGUGAACUUAGACAAAUAUUAUUUUUAUGUUUUAAUUUGGAUUCUGUUUAUGCAUAAUAUUUUACAAUAUUGUCUUUUGACUUCUAAAUCUAUACCUGUAAUGGCUUCCCAUUCUUGAAUAAUUUAAAUUCAAAACUUUAAAACUAAUUUGAAACAUUGUGAUCUAUUUAGUUUUAGAAUUAUAUAAUUAUUUUUCCAUCGUUCACGAUUUUAAAGGGUGAGUUUGAGUGGGCUCUGUGUCAUCAAAUUGCACCCUUUUAUAAAUGACACCUAUUGAACAUGAUCUGUAUGUGCCUAACUAGUAAAAUUUUCUUUAUUCCAGCAGAUGUGUUAAAUUUGUAAUCUUACAACUUUUAAAAAAAUUGUUUCUUGUAUUAAUGUUGAUUCUAGUUGUAGGAAUUUAGCGAAACAAAUUCUGAUUAUGCUAGGAAUAAAAAGCUGCUAAGUUGUAGGCGCGGAUUAAGGUCCGGCUGACAGGGGGCGAUGCACUGUCGGUUGCCUACAUUCAGUGUUUUUGUGACGCAAAUCGCCUACCUUUUAGGCGGACCUAAGAGGGGACAAUCCGCCUCCCCUUAAUCCGCGCUUGCUAAGUUGACUGUUUUAAGGCUUAUAGGUCCUUGCUGAAAUCCUUCCAUGAUCCCUACUCAUUAAAUUAAUGUGCCAUAUAGUAUAAUUCUUAGUACAUGUGAACAUGGUCACAUUUGUUCUACACUGGACACUACAAAAUCUAUUUUAAGAUAGAUUUGGUCAUUCGUAUGUACAGAUGCCAUGUUUCCCACCAUACUCCGUAAUAUCAUGUCAUCUUCCGCUUUUUUAUGGGUGCCCAUUAAACUGAAAUUAAUUUGUAUGCCAACAUUCCAUAAACAUAAGGUCUGUAAAACAAUGAAAGUGAUUAUAUUACUGUAAUAAAAGACUUCUUAGUUCAUGUAAGAUUUACAGCAUCAUUUGUUUGUGGCACCUCUACUUACUGAGGGGAUUAGAUUUUUUAAGAUUAUCUGAAUUUUAUAAUAAUGACUUAAUCAUUAGUUACCCGUUAUUAUGAAAUCAAGUGCCAUUAUUAUAAAGGUGCAGCCUUGAUCUCAGAAGAGACUGCUUUUAUUGUAGUGGACUUGCUCAUGUAAGAAUGAUGUAAUUUGAAUAUUUUUGAAGUAUUGCUGUUAUGCAAAAUCUUUGUAAUAGUUACUAGAUAUUAUUGUAGUGCUGUGAAAUAAGGGGCCAUCCUAUUUUUUCCCUUCAUAAAUUAGUUGUACUGGCACCCUUUAAUUUAAAAGACUUAUUCAUAUGUCUGAAGUACAUUGAAGUUAUACCGGCACACUGGAAAAAACUGAUGUGACGUGUCAUGAUAUUCCUUGAGACAAAAACAGUUAUCUAUUUUUAAUGGUCAGAAAUGUUCUGUUGUGCUCUAUUCCAACAGAAAGAACCUCUUCAUCAAUAAGUAUACAUCACACCAGUAUUUUCUGAGUGCCUGUCCCUCAACCUGUACAGAUCUCAUUUUACUUUACCCCAAGCAGAAAUAUUUGUCAAUUGCAAAGUCUUAAAGUUAAAAUUUACUGCCCUUAAGGUGCAGAUGUCUUGUCUUUUCUUCUUAAAAUUGUUAAAAUUGUUUUGAUGUAGUUUGCUGAACUAGUUUACUUGAAUCUUCGCUGUUGGAUUUAUCAGUUUCAACUGAUUACAAUGUCGUCUGCCCCAAAUAUUUAUUUUCGUGAUUAAAUUUUUAAUGCGAUUUUAUAA